UUUUAUCUUUUACAUUUUUACCUGUUUAUUAUUUCACAAUAAGGGUAGCUGGUAUGUAAGUGUAAUAUGUUAGUUAAACUUAUUUCAUUGUGUGGUAACAAGAUGAAACUGCUGUGCACAGUUCUGUUUCUUCUUCAUUUUCUUACAGUAGUGUUUGGAAAAAGUGAUAUAACAUACACAUUUGGAAAAGACUGUUCUGUGUCCAUUGAGCAUAUAAACGAAGACAAGACAAUAACAAUUGUAUACAAUGGACUAGAUGAUCUAGACAUUUGGUGUAAUUACAUGUCUUUUAUCGGAAGAGAUGAGGGAUAUCUGAAGGAAUAUGAAAUCUGUAUAACACCGGAAGUGUACGAGGACCCUGAUUGUGCAGUUGAAUUAUCUUAUACGACGGAGUAUGAUGGUGCACCAUUAGAGACAUAUACAUGUUAUGACAAACCAAUAACGAAAUAUUGUGGAGAACAAGAUGAAUAUAUGUACAUCUUUCUAAAACCCAAAGGUUCAAAAACUCGGCAGAAUGUUCAAGUAAAACUGACAGUUGAAGCUGUAAUGACAUACAAUUACUAUACAAGAAUCGGAAUAAUAAUAGGAAGCGUUGCUGGUGGUAUUUUUGUAAUAUGUGUCGUUAGUGGAGUAAUAUUAUUUAUUGCGUGUAAAAGAAAAAGAUCACCUGGACAGGUCAUGAACCCAGGUACUGGAGGAAUGGGACAAUUCCAGUCACCUAAUGCAUCACAGCCAUCAGGAAACUAUGCUUCACCACUGACAGGAAGCUAUCCCACUCAACCAACAGGAAGUCAACCUACACAACAAACCGGAAAUGGUCAAACUCCAUCAGCGCCUGCGUUGGCUGGCUACACAUACAAUGCUCCUCCGCCAGAAUACAAUAAAACUUAAACCGGUUUGAAAACAUCUUUUUAUUUUGAGUGUGAAAUCCAUUUUGUAAUAGAAGUGAUUAUUUUCAUCUUGAUUUAACAAAAAAAUGUUUUUGGUCAAAUUGCAUUUGAAAUUAACGAAAUAUGACCUUUUUUGUUAUUUGUGAUUAAGUGUGCAAAAGAUAUAUGGUCACGGUAAUAUUUUGUUCAGUAGCAGAAUCAAAAUGUAAAACUUUGGAACAUUUCAGUGUUGAAGAGUCAAUAUAAUACACUUCAAUUUUUUUUUAUAUAAGUCUAGGUCAAUAUACAUUUUUUGUUGAAAUACGUGAUAAAAUAAUAAAGCAAUGUA